UAAUAAUAUUAUAGCGGCUUUACUGGUGGGUGAAGACCUCAGGUGCCCUUCUGCGCAUUAUCAAAGGCAUGAACGGCACCUGAGUAGAACCACCAACAUUCCAUAAGUUAGCAAGCUAGACUAUGCUUCCUCACACGAAAGGGUCAAAAGUCCCUGCCAAGAUUCAAACCCCAGUGAUAAGGGGCAAGUGUUUUGAAGUCAACAACCUUAACCACUAGGCCACACAUAAAUGUCAAUGAUUUCUGAAGUGCUUCUAUUAGAUAACAAACGGUAUGACGGUAAAUCCAGCGGAAACUCCAUAUCACCUCAGGUUAUUACACUGUUACUAAGAAUAGCAAAAUUCAUGUGAGUGAUGCACAAAUGCAAAAUUUAAUCAUUUUAAGUUUAAUCUUAUAUCAAAGACACAGCUAAAUUCUAUACCUAACAGCCUGAGGCAAAGUUAAAUUGUUUAUGUUAAUAUUCAAAGUAUUUGGACUAUACAACUAGAUACUUACAUGCAACAUUAAUUCAUAAAGCACAAUGGUAAUGGCCUGUAACCAUGAAGAAAAAGAAAUUUGAAGGUGGAUUAUCUGUUCAGUUUAGCACAGCAUUGGAUGAGAUCGGUUUUGGAGAGAAAGAAUCUCUGAAGAGGAUUUAUUCUAUGAACAAACUGUCUGAGGCAAAGAAUGUUGCCAACCAACAAUCCUCAGGAAAAAACGACUGCCACAUUGAAAAAAAAAUUGUUGGGAGUCAAUGUGAUGGAACUGGAUUUAAUCACUUUAAUGACUUAGAUUUUCUUGAAAUUGAUAACAGAGUACAUGUUUUGUGUAAAUAUGAGAAACAUUGCACAGAAUUUGCAAAUGAAACAGUGACUUUCCAGGCAGAUGGGAGAAAAUCUCCACCUGGAUACGUUCCUCUCAAACUUUUAAAAGGUAAAGAUGAAACUUACAAACAGCUUGAAUAUGCCCUUGUUGAAAGGGACAAUGAAACAUAUCUUUCUAGUGAUAAUUAUCUAAGUAAAAAGGAAGAUCUUUCCCAAAACAGCAACAGAUGUGACUGUCAGAUAAUUCGACAGCUUUCUCGUGCUGGACCUUCCAUUCCAAAACACAUCAAACAGAAUCCUUUAGCAGAAAGGAUUCUGUCAGACUUAAAUUUAAAAGAUAUGGACACAGACAUUGUAAGUGCCUUUCCAUGUGAUGCAGGACCCAUAAUGGAAGAAUGGAGCUCGAGGGAAAGAAAAAACGGAUGGCCAAGUAAAGAGACAAUUUCCCAUGUUGCAAAGCUUCAAGCUCAUGUGGUGCCAGUUGGUCAGCGGGGAAGCCAUAACGAAGACCUCCUAUGGAGAAUUUGCUUCACUCUUGGUGAGCUACAUCUCGUACAAAAUUUCAAUAGCAUCCAAAGAAAAAUAUUUGUGUUGAUGAAGCUAAUAGCAAAACAUUUCCUGAAACCAAUAUGCAAUGACAUAAGUUCUUAUGUCAUUAAAAAUGUCAUGUUUUGGAUUUCAGAAGAAAUUCUUGAAGAAGAGUUUCAUGAAGAAAAUUUUGUAGAAAUACUUCGAUACUCCCUAUCAUUUUUGUUAAAGGCAGUUAAGACAAAACAAUUACAAAAUUAUAUGAUACCAUCAAGGAAUCUAUUUGCGGGUAAAUUUGAAGACAAUGAUCUUUGCAUCCAAGAGCUUACAGAUGUGAUAUCAAAGUAUAUUAAUAAACCAGAAACACUUCUGCACGAUUUGGAACCGAUCUUCUCCGAUUUGAAAAUGGGACACAAGAUCGAAACUAUCGAGAGAAAAAUUCUAGACUCUUUAUCAACAGACGAGCUUGUAGAAAUGUACGUGCAAAUGAAUAAUUGCAAAACACCAGAAAGAAUGAUACAUCUUAACAUUCUAUACAAAGCAAUUCCAUUUUGGAACACCGACAUAUCUGGGGAAAUAUUGUGUUCCGAGCCUCUAUGUAACACCAAUAUUAACAAUUUUCAAAACCAUAUCCAACACAACAACAAUAAUGUUUUAGAAACAUGCCUGAACAAGAGUUCAAGUUUGUCACUAAAUAUGUCAGAUGUCACCAUGACCCAUGGCGACAGGAAUCUCUUUUUGUUUUAUCAUGUAUUUGUGUUUUUACCACACUGCUGUAUGUAAUCUGCUGGAAA